AUGGAACAACCGUCGUUGGCCGGGUAUGAGUGCGACGAGAUCAGCACGAUUAUACAGGAUCAGAAUUCCCACUUCUGGAGUCAACUCCCUGGCAGCAACAUUGUCGUCCUCAUCUACGCAUUUGUGUGCACAUUUGGAGCAACCGCAAAUCUGGUCGUGCUCAUUGCAUUUUGCAAGAAUGCCAGUUUGCGGACGAUGCGGAACCGCUUCAUCGUCAACUUGGCUUUCUCCGACCUCCUCCUGUGCGUCGUCACAGCUCCGGCGUUUCUAUACCUUUCUGCGAAUUCAUACUGGCCGUUCGGGGAUUUGUCGUGUAAAACGGUGGCAGCCGUGCAAGCCGUGAACACGUUCGUGUCGUCGUUAACUCUGGCAGUAAUCGCUCUCGAUCGAGCGCUUCUGACGAUCUGCCCGGUGCAGUGGAGAGUUGCUUCUACCGCCCCGUUGAUCUUCUUCUCGAUCGUUUGGGUGCUAUCAGCCAUGGUCGCCAUUCCCUACGGGUUUGCCGUCAGCGCGGUCCCGAUGGCGCACGGAACGUGGGCAAAUCCGGACACGAUAGAGACCGUCGCCAAAUGCGGAAUCGAGGUCCCGAGGAUAUGUCAGGAAAACGAAGCUCUAUGGAAUUUAAUGCCGGUUACAAGAUUAUCGUAUACCACAAUUGUUUUUGCAAUUCAAUAUUUAUUGCCACUUUCUUCAUUGUUAUACGCGUAUCAUCAAAUCGGGUCUACCAUCAGGAAACGCAACAAAACCGCUAAGCCGCUAGAUGCUUCAAGGAGAAGCUUGCUUCAGACGAGAAAAAGGCAUGAAAAACUUUUCGUCACCUACGCAAUUGCUUGGGCACCGAUGAACCUAUACAACAUCUUGAGCAACAUGGAGUAUAUCAACUUUAACCAAUAUCAAUACGUCUUCUGCCACCUGAUCGGCAUCUCCUCGGCUUGCGUGAACCCGAUCACGUAUGCGCUGGUCAACGAGAAUUUCCGGAACGCACUUCAUCAAGUUUUCUCAUGGAUCCCAUGUUGUACGACUACAAUCGACACCAACAGCCAAUUCCGUGCCUUCCAGCCCACCCCCUUCCCAAAGAAUGCUGUCAGCCACAACAGCAUGUUGGCUCUGGGGGAGACGGAGAAGAGUAUGACGAAUCUGAGCAGCCCCUAUGAGCAGGCCGGCAGUCCGAUGGCCGGCAUU